AUGGCUCUGACUGUGUGUGUGCGGCGACUGACAGGGCUACCUGGCAUCCAUGACCGACAAGCUCUGGAUUGGGGGUCAGGGUCAGCUCAGAAUUGGGUGUUUCAAGUUUCCCCCUAUUCCCAGCUGUUCCGUUGGCCACACUAUGGGGCUCCAUUGGCUGGGGAGUGUCUGUCCGUGCAGGUGAUUAACUGCAGCCGUGUGUUCAGCCCCAGGCCUCUGGGGACCCUGGUGAUCUCCCUACAGCAGCUAGAGAGCGUCGGGCGUUUGGUACUGCGUGAGGCCUUAGUAGAUGAGAACCUGCGAGUGUCCCAGAUCCAGGUGGAGCUCGACCUGAGGUACCAGCCCCCAGAGGGGGCCACUGGGGCCUGGGCAGAGGAGGACUUUGGGGCACCUAUCCGGGACAGCUCUGAGCUGAUCAUUCCCAAUGUGGGCUUCCAGGAGCUGGAGCCUGGCGAGGCCCGAAUGGAGCGGCGGGCAGUGGCUUUGGGUCACAAGCUAGCUCGAGGCCUAGGCCAGCAGGAUGAUGAAGAGAAUGAGCUGGAGCUGGAGCUGGAGCUGGAGGAUGAACCUGAAGUGGAACUUUCCGGCGUGGUGUUCAGCCCCCUCAAGAGCCGAGCUCGGGGCCUGGCCCGCGGGGAUCCCUUCCAGGUGUCCAGAGCCCAGGACUUCCAGGUGGGGGUCACGGUGCUCGAGGCCCAGAAGCUGGUAGGAGUCAACAUUAACCCCUAUGUGGCUGUGCGUGUUGGGGAGCAGCGCCGAGUAACUGCCACGCAGCGCGGGACCAAUUGCCCCUUCUACAACGAGUACUUCCUGUUCGAAUUUCAUGAGACCCGGGUUCGCCUCCAAGACUUGGUGUUGGAGAUCACGGUGAGAGAGUUGGGGGUGAGAGGUUUCCGACAGAGGAAGUGGGGGGCGUGUGCUAAAGUUUCAGGACUAACACCUUCCUCCCAGGCUUUCCAUUCGCAGACCCUUCCCUUUAUGGCCACCAGGAUAGGCACUUUCAGGAUGGAUCUGGGUAUAGCCUUCGAUCAGCCAGGUACCGAACCCUCGCCCUCAGACGGCCACUUCUACCAGAAAUGGGCUCCGCUGCAUGACCCCCAAGACACUCGCGCUGGGACCAAGGGUUUCGUCAAAGUCACCUUGUCAGUGAGGGCGCGCGGGGACCUGCCCCCUUCGCUGCCACCCCCGGGACCGGGGCACAGUUCGGACAUUGAAAAGAACCUGCUCCUGCCCCGCUGGGUGCCGGCUGAGAGACCGUGGGCACGUCUCCGCGUGCGCGUGUACCGAGCAGAGGGGCUGCCUGCACUGCGUCCGGGGCUGCUGGGCAGCCUGGCCCGCGCUCUGCACGACCAGCGCGUUCUCCUGGACCCCUAUGUUCGGGUGUCUUUCCUGGGGCAGCAGGGUGAGACAUCCGUGCGCAGCGAGGCGGUGGCGCCCAAGUGGAACGAGCAGCUGAGCUUCGUAGAGCUCUUCCCGCCCCUGACGCGCGGCCUCCGGCUGCAGCUGCGGGACGACGCGCCGCUGGUCGAUGUGGCCCUUGCCACGCACGUGCUGGAUCUGAGGCAGAUCUCGCACCCGGGGCGCGCGGCGGGGUUUAACCCCACCUUCGGCCCGGCCUGGGUGCCUCUCUAUGGCUCACCCCCCAGCGGGGGGCUCCGAGAUAGUCUUCAAAAUCUCAAUGAAGGCCUUGGCCAAGGCAUCUGGUUUCGCGGCCGCCUGCUUGUGGCUGUGUCCAUGGAGGUGUUGGAAGGCAGAGCUGAACCCAAGCCUCCUCAGGCCUCACAGAGGUCCAGGCUAUCCCGGCUCACAGGGAAGAAGAAGAAAGCCAAGCGAGGCCAGGCUCCGAUGGGGGUUCCGCAGCACCUGGAUGCCAGCUCCAGUGCGGAGGUGCCUGAGAUUCCUAGUGCGAUGGAGGUGGAGGUGGAGGAGCUGCUGCCGCUGCCAGAGAACGCCCUGGCGCCCUGCGAAGAUUUUCUGCUCUUCGGUGUGCUCUUCGAGGCCGCGAUGAUUGACCCUGCCUUGGUCUCCCAGCCCAUCAGCUUUGAGAUCUCCAUCGGUCGCGCAGGCCGCCAGGAGGAGCAAAUGGGCCGAGGGUCCAGGGCCAGGGAGAGAGCGGAGGGCGCAGCGGUGGAGGCACAGCCUCUGCUGGAGUCCGAUGCAGGGGCUGAGGUGGAGGAGGAGGUGGGGAUCCCAGCUCAGCGGCCUGAGCCCAUGGAUGGGAGCGGGCCGUACUUCUGCUUACCCCUGCGCCACCGCAAGCCGUGCGUCAGCAUCUGGAGCUCCUGGGAGGAUCACACAUGGCGCCUGCAGAGCAGCAACUGCGUGCGCAAAGUAGCAGAGAGGCUGGACCAGGGGCUGCAGGAAACUGAGACAUUGCAGCGCAGGAUCGGACCCGGCGCCUGCACACGACUCAAGCAGGCUCUGGAAGAGCUGGUGGCUGGGGGCAGACAGUUUUGCCGUGGGGCUGAACGCAGGACAAUGACCCGGCCCAAUGCUCUGGAUCGCUGCCGAGGGAAGCUGCUGGUACAUAGCCUGAACCUGUUGGCAAAGCAAGGACUACGGCUCCUGCAGGACCUGAGACCAGGCAAUGUGCAAGAGAAGGUAGCACUGGCCAAGAAGCUCCUGGCAAAUCUGCGUUUCCUGGCCCUGGAGGUAAUACCUUGUUCAUCCCAUUCCCCACCCCUAAAUAUUCUUGCUGCUAAGCUUUUGAGCUGUUCUCGAGAUCUCUGGCCCCAGCCACCCCUCCCUGAUGUGCUUGUCUGGAUGUUCAGUGGGCGGCGCCGUGUGGCCUGGGCCCGGAUCCCCGCCCAGGAUGUGCUGUUCUCUGUGGUGGAGGAGGAGCGGGGCCGGGACUGUGGGAAGAUCCAGAGUCUGCUGCUUACAGCACCUGGGGCUGCCCCUGGUGAGGUCUGUGCCAAGUUGGAGCUCUUCUUGUGGCUGGGCUUGGGCAAGCAAGCCAAGGCCUGCAGCUCAGAGCUACCCUCGGACCUGCUGCCUGAGCCCUCGGCUGGGCUGCCCCAGAGCCUGUACCGGGACGACUUCAGCUAUUUCCAGCUCCGAGCUCACUUGUACCAGGCCCGAGGUGUAUUGGCAGCAGAUGACAGUGGUUUCUCGGACCCCUUUGCUAGAGUCCUCAUCUCUACCCAGUGUCAGACCACCCAGGUCCUGGAGCAGACGCUGAGCCCUCUGUGGGAUGAACUCUUGGUAUUUGAUCAGCUGAUCGUGGAUGGGAGGAGGGAGCACCUGCAGGAGGAGCCUCCCUUGGUGGUCAUCAAUGUCUUCAACCACAAUAAGUUUGGUGCCCCCGUGUUCCUGGGCAGGGCCCUGGCUGCCCCGAGAGUAAAGCUGAUGGAGGAGCCAUACCAAUGCCCUGACCUGCAGUUCUUCCCCCUGAGGAAGGGGCCCCGGGCAGCUGGAGAGCUCAUUGCCACCUUUGAACUCAUUGAACUGGACUACAGUGGACAGCUUGAGCCCUCAGUGCCCAGUGAUGUGGAACCCCAGGACCUGACAGCCUUGGUCCAGCCCCUCUCUAGACGCAUGUGCCUGCCACCCAAUGUGCGCCCGGUGCUCAGGGAGUUCCGUGUUGAGGUGCUAUUCUGGGGUCUGAGGGGCCUCGGCCGUGUGCAUCUGUUUGAGGUGGAACAGCCCCAGGUUGUGCUGGAGGUGGCUGGGCGACGUGUGGAGUCCGAGGUCCUGGCCAGCUACCGUGAGAACCCCAAUUUCACCGAGCUCAUCAGGCAUCUGACAGUGGUGAGGGCGCAGGCUGUGGGUCUUCUCUAUUCCCACCCCCAGGACUUGCCGGAGCAGCCUUACCUGCAGCCACCACUCAGCAUCCUGGUGAUUGAGCGCCGGGCCUUUGGUCGCACAGUCCUUGUGGGUUCCCAUGUUGUCCCCAACAUGCAGCGAUUCACACUCCGGAGUCAUGAGGAUCCCCUCAAGGAGGAGGAGGAAGAGGAGGAGACACGGGACCUGGUGCCCAAGGGACCUCAAGGACAGAAGUCCCUGGAUUCCUUCUUGGCUGAGGGAGGGUUACCUAAACGGCUCCUCAAGGCUCCCCUGAAGAAGCUCCCCCUGGGAGGCCUCCUGAAUCAAGGCCCUGAGCUGGAGGAGGACAUCCCGGAUCCCGAAGAGCUUGACUGGUGGUCUAAGUACUAUGCAUCGCUGCAGGAACUCCAGGGGCAGCGAAACUUUGAUGAGGAUGAAAUGGAUGAUCCUGGGGAUUCAGAUGGGGUCAACCUCAUUUCUGUGGAUGGGGCGGCCCAAGACCAGGGUGAGGCUGAAGUUGAGGGCUCCAUGUCCCGGAAAAAAGCAAUUGCCACCCUGAAGAUCUACAACAGCUCCCUGGAGGAAGAGUUUAACCACUUUGAAGACUGGCUGAAUGUGUUUCCCCUGUACAGAGGGCAAGGGGGCCAAGAUGGAGAUGGAGAGGAAGAAGGAACUGGACAUCUUGUUGGCAAGUUCAAGGGCUCCUUCCUCAUUUACCCUGAAUCAGAGGCAGUGUCACUCUCUGAGCCCCAUAUCUCCCGGGGGAUCCCACAGAAUCGGCCCAUCAAGCUCUUGGUCAGAGUAUAUGUUGUGAAGGCUACCAACCUGGCACCUGCAGAUCCCAACGGCAAAGCAGACCCAUAUGUGGUAGUGAGCACUGGUCGGGAGCGUCGGGACACCAAGGAGCGCUACAUACCUAAGCAGCUCAACCCCAUCUUUGGAGAGGUCCUGGAGCUCAGCAUCUCUCUCCCGGCUGAGCCUGAACUGACUGUGGCCGUGUUCGAUCAUGACCUCGUGGGCUCUGAUGACCUCAUUGGGGAAACCCACAUCGAUCUGGAAAACCGAUUCUAUAGCCACCACAGGGCAAACUGUGGGCUGGCCUCCCAGUAUGAUGUGUGAGUCCAACAGGCCCCUCAGGAGCCCAUUCUGAACGGGUACAAUGCCUGGCGUGAUGCAUUCCGGCCUUCACAGAUCCUGACGGGGCUGUGCCAACGCCGUGGCCUCCCCACCCCUGAAUACCGAGCUGGGGCUGUCAAGGUGGGCAGCAAAGUCUUCCUGACACCGCCUGAGACCCUGCCUCCCGAGGAGGAGCAGGCAUUGCUUGUGCUACGGUGCUGGCAGGAAAUGCCGGAGCUGGGGAUCCAGUUGGUACCUGAGCACGUAGAAACACGGCCCCUCUACCAUCCCCGCAGCCCGGGGCUGCUGCAGGGAUCCCUUCACAUGUGGAUUGACAUCUUCCCCCAUGAUGUGCCUGCCCCAGCCCCUGUUGACAUCAAGCCUCGGCAACCAAUCAGCUAUGAGCUCAGAGUCAUCAUCUGGAACACGGAGGAUGUGGUUCUGGAUGAUGUGAACCCGCUCACUGGAGAGAUGUCAAGUGACAUCUAUGUGAAAAGCUGGGUGAAGGGGCUGGAGCACGACAAGCAAGAGACAGACGUUCACUUUAACUCGCUGACUGGGGAGGGCAACUUCAACUGGCGCUUUGUGUUCCGCUUUGACUACCUGCCCACGGAACGGGAGGUGACUGUCCGGCGCCGGCCUGGACCCUUUGCCCUGGAGGAGGCUGAGUUCCGGCAGCCAGCCGUGCUGGUCCUGCAGGUCUGGGACUAUGACCGCAUCUCCGCCAACGAUUUCCUUGGAUCCCUGGAGCUGCAGCUGCCUGACAUGGUGCGGGGGUCCCGGGGCCCCGAGCUCUGCUCGGUGAGGAUGGCCCGUGAUGGGGCUGGGCCAAGGUGCAACCUGUUUCGCUGCCGCCGCUUGCGAGGCUGGUGGCCAGUAGUGAAGCAGCAGGAGCUGGAGGACUUGGAGCGGGAUGAGCGGGAGGCUCAGGCUGGCAAAAAGAGCCGGAAGCGGAGGAGGAGGAAGGGUCGGCCAGAAGACUUACAGUUCACAGAUGCCGGAGGCAAUGUGUACAUCCUCACGGGGAAGGUGGAGGCAGAGUUUGAGCUGCUGACUGUGGAGGAGGCUGAGAAACGUCCAGUGGGGAAGGGGCGGAAGGAGCCAGAGCCCUUGGAGAAGCCCAACCGCCCCAAAACCUCCUUCAACUGGUUUGUGAACCCGCUGAAGACCUUUGUCUUCUUCAUCUGGCGCCGGUACUGGCACAUCCUGGUGGUGCUGCUCUUGCUGGUGUUGAUCACCAUCUUCCUCCUCCUCAUCUUCUACACCAUCCCGGGCCAGAUCAGCCAGGUCAUCUUCCGCCCCCUCCACUGAGCCCAUCCCACCACCCGGGCCACCAACUGGCCCUGGACACUCACCCCCAGCACCAGCCCUUCAACUCCCGUUUCUGGAAGUUCUUCCCACUGUGCAGAAGCUCCAGUAUGAGCUAAGCCAGUCACUGCUUCCUCUGAAUAAACCUUCUCACAUAUCCACUCCGGCACCUGUUAUGUGCUUCACAAGACCGGCUCUUACAGCUGGCAGAGAACAGAGAUGUUUUGGGUGACCUCAGGUGCUGCAGAUUUACUGGACCAAUACAUCGGGAUGAAAGGCUGCCCACAUGCCCUGCCUCAGGGAAGAACAGGACCUGUAGGUUCAAAGUGGAGGAGUCCUGGCAGUGACUG